AUGGGCAGUAGGCGUAGAUUGCCUAAUGGGGAUGACGUAACCCUAUUUGAAGAUGUAAAAAAAUACAUUGAAACUAGGGAAGAGGACCCUAAGUUAAAGGCGACACUUGCAUAUACAACUAAAAAGAAUCGAGAAAAACAAUAUGGCAAGUUAUUGUAUGACCGAGCUAAAGCUCUUAACUCUAUUAAAUUGAAACAAGCGGAACGAAGAUUAGAAAUGAAGCAUCCAGAGCCUGAAGUUCCAAACUCAAAGAGCUGGUUGGAUAACAUUAUUUCUAAAAUUCCUUCUGAGAUGCGAGCCGGAAAAGAGUUUGAACUGAACAUGGUCCUUGAUGAAGUUCAAGCUAAUUUCCAAAAUAGCAUGCAGAAGAAUGUUUUGCAGAAAACACUCAAUCUUAAUCUGAUUAAUGGAGUAGAAACAGAUGAUUUGAAUACUUCUAGCUCAAAGCCUGAGGACUCCGGACCCCUCGAUUUGGAUGUUGUCAAUACUAAAAUUCAACGUGAUAUUGGACAAUAUUAUGAAUCACUUAUGAACAAUACUCUUAUAUCAAAUAGAGUUAGUUUACUUCAUCCAAUAAGCAAUAUUCCUUCUAUAGUUUCGCCUUAUUCCUACGUUUUUGAUGGAACUGAGGCAAAAAAUGUUGAUAAUUUCCUCAAAGAGGAUCCAGAUUUUAAUGUAUAUAUUUCGUAUGUCAACAGACUUCAUUCAUUAGCCCAACAAAUAUAUACCCUUCCUGACGUGGAAUACUUCAAUCUAAUUCGCCUGGAUUGUGAAGAUUUAAAAAUAGGUCUGGCAAAAGAAUGCAAGCGAUUAGCUGAUUUGCUCAUCGAGAAUUUGGCCAAUAAACUCCGAGCUAUUAAUAAAGAGUGGGUGGUCGAUUUCUUGAUUCCAAUUUUUUCUGGUAGAGUUUGCGCCACCUUUGAAGAAAUACAAGCAAAAUGUCGCACUGUUCCAGAUACAAGUGAAGAAUUAGUUGAGCUUAAUUCCUACAUGGAAGAGGCUAGGUGCCAGGGAAUGAUUCGAAUGGAAGAUAAAAUUCAAUGGACUCGCGAUUACCUACGCUACCUCUUGGAUGUUUACGAGUUCACACCUGAAGAUAUUCAGUUAAAUGCCCAAGUUCUCACUUGGAAGGCUCGAAUUAUGCCUGAAUUUGACGCUCAUGAUAAGAUGCAAGAAAGAAUGCGUACUGUGAACGAACAGCGCAUUUUUGAGGAACGCGAACAAUUAGACGAUACAUUGAAGCGCCUGCGAAAUCGUGUUGAUGAAUUCAAUGACUACGGUGACGUAGACGUUGAAACAAUGGCACAAUAUACCAACGAUGUCCGUGUGGUAUUCAAACGCAUUUCAGAAGCAGAGGCGGCCCGCACAUGGAUCAAUAAGGAAGAGGCUCUCUAUCAAAUACCCAUUUCAGCAUUCUCUGGAAUUGAGGAAAUCAGAUCCUUAGCCGAACCAUUCAUGAAGCUCUUUACCAUUGUUGUGAGAUAUUACAAAUCAGAAAGAAAGUGGAUGUAUGGAGAAUUUAAAAAAUUGGAUGCUGAGCUAAUUGACGAAGAAGUGGAGGAUACAUCUCGUGAACUCUUGCGCCUACAGAAAGUCUUUACCAAAAGAUGGAAGAAAAUGCUGAUGGAAGCCGAUGAGAGACAGCGCGAGAGAAUUGAGCGUCUGCGCCGUAGAAAAGAAUCAUCCGCCUUUGUAGGUCAAGCCGAACAACAACAGGAACCUUCUGCACCAACUAGGAGGCUUUCAGUGGACUCGGAAAUUCCAGAAGUUAAAGCUCCUGCGGCCCUACAGACAAUCGCAAAUAUGCUCGAAAGGGUUAACCGGUUCAAGCAAGUAAUUCCGGUCAUUCGAAUCCUCUGCAAUCCUGGAAUACGUCAACGGCACUGGGAUGCAAUGUCUGCGAUCGCCAACCGUGAUCUUACUCCAGAUAGCGGCACUUCAUUGUCCAAAAUGCUCCAACUAAAUCUUGAGCCCUUCAUGGAUCAAUUUGAGGGCAUUUCUGUUGGAGCUAGCAAAGAGCAUACACUAGAAGUGAAUCUUUUAAGAAUGAGAGAUGACUGGAAGAAUGUGUGCUUUAAUCUGACCUCUUAUCGAGAACUCGGAAUAUCGAUUCUGGCCUCGGUGGACGAUAUUCAACAACAAUUGGAUGAUCAGAUUAUUAAAACGCAGACAAUGAAGGGUUCUCCUUAUAUUAAGCCAUUUGAAUUACUACUGAAGAAAUGGGAAGAUCAACUUCUUCGUACGCAGAAUGUGAUAGAAAGUUGGCUAACAAUGCAAGCAAACUGGCUGUACUUGGAACCAAUUUUCAGUUCGGAAGACAUCAUGCAACAAAUGCCUGAGGAAGGAAGGUUGUUUAUGGCCGUAGACAAAACUUAUCGAGAUAUUAUGCGCAGCGCAGCUCUCGAUGCUCAUGUUCUCAAGGUAACCUCGUUAGUUGGUCUUCUGGAGCGCAUUCGAGAGGGCAACGCACAAUUCGAAAAGAUUAACAAGGGUCUGAAUGCAUAUUUGGACAAAAAACGUCUCUUCUUUCCUCGGUUCUUCUUCCUUUCCAAUGACGAGAUGCUGGAAAUUCUCUCAGAAACCAAAGAUCCUCAACGCGUCCAACCUCAUCUAAAGAAGUGCUUUGAGGGAAUUGCCCGCCUUGAAUUUGACAAGAGCCUACAAAUCAAAGCCAUGUUUUCUAGCGAGGGUGAGAGAGUCGACCUUAGUCAGAUAAUUGACACAGCAAGUUCCAGAGGAGCUGUUGAGAAAUGGCUACUUCAAGUUCAAGACAUCAUGCUCCUUUCUGUUCAUGAUGUUAUUAGCGAAGCAAAAGACGCGUAUGACAGUGAUAUAAGAGACACCUGGGUACUUGAAUGGCCAGGUCAGGUUGUGCUCUGUGUUUCUCAAAUAUUCUGGACUCUGGAAGUAUCUGCAGCCAUUGCGUAUGGUCAGGCUGAGGGUUUAGCUAGGUAUUGCAAACAACUGGAUUCCCAAAUCGCCGCGAUUGUUAGACUUGUUCGAGGAAAACUCUCAACUCAAGAGCGUAUUACUCUCGGUGCUCUUGUGGUUAUUGAUGUCCACGCUCGAGACACUGUUCAAUCCAUGGCUGAAAAUGGGGUUACUGAUGAAAAUGAUUUCCAGUGGCUUUCUCAGUUGAGAUAUUUCUGGGAAGAUGACAAUUGCUUCGUUCGAUUGACAAACGCAACCGUUCCAUACGCAUAUGAGUACCUUGGAAACUCACCACGACUGGUUAUCACUCCACUCACUGAUCGAUGCUAUCGAACGCUGAUUGGUGCGUAUCAUCUUCACUUGAACGGUGCUCCUGAAGGCCCAGCUGGAACAGGCAAAACAGAGACGACGAAGGAUUUAGCAAAGGCCCUGGCUGUUCAGUGUGUGGUCUUUAAUUGUUCCGAUGGCUUGGACUAUAUUGCUAUGGGCAAGUUCUUCAAAGGACUUGCUUCUUCUGGUGCCUGGUCUUGUUUUGAUGAGUUCAAUCGCAUUGAACUAGAAGUUCUCUCCGUUAUCGCUCAACAGGCAAGUCAUUCGCUAAUAUAUAGGGAGCAGUCACUCUCUUCGAGUAACCCUAUUGUCUUGCAGAUUUUGUGCAUUAUCCGGGCAAUUCAAGCCAAUCUUGAAACCUUCGAAUUCGAAGGAACCAUGCUCACUCUUAAUCCAAACUGCUAUGUCUGUAUCACCAUGAAUCCAGGGUAUGCCGGUCGUUCUGAGCUUCCAGACAACUUGAAGGUGAGUCAGAUUCUCUUCAGACCUGUUGCAAUGAUGGUGCCAGAUUACGCAAUGAUCGGUGAGAUUUCGCUCUACUCCUACGGAUUCAUGGAUGCUCGUGUGCUUGCAGGCAAGAUUGUUACCACCUAUCGUCUCUGCUCAGAGCAGUUGUCAACCCAAUCCCACUAUGAUUACGGAAUGAGAGCUGUUAAGGCUGUUUUACAAGCUGCUGGCAACUUGAAACUACGAUAUCCAGAUGAAAACGAGAUGAUAUUACUUUUGCGGUCGAUUAUGGAUGUUAAUUUGCCAAAGUUCCUCUCUCAUGACGUUCCGCUUUUCAAAGGCAUCAUCUCAGAUCUUUUCCCUGGAGUUGUUCUUCCUGAAGCGGACUACUCAGAUUUUCUGAAAGAGGCUUCAGAGGUGUGCAAGCGAAGGGGACUCCAAGCUGUCCCCGUUUUUACGGAGAAACUUAUCCAGACUUAUGAAAUGAUGAUUGUCCGACAUGGUUUUAUGCUUGUGGGAAUGCCCCUCGGUGGAAAAACACAAAUUCUUCACACUCUUGCUGAAGUUAUGACAAGUUUAUCAGAGAAAGGAUUUACUGAUUAUGCGAAGGUGCUGUAUCGUACAAUCAACCCAAAAUCAAUCACAAUGGGACAGUUAUUUGGUGAAUUUGAUCCCGUUUCUCAUGAGUGGACGGAUGGUGUAACUGCUAACACCUUUCGAGAAUUUGCCAAAAUGGAUCCACCCAAUCGUACUUGGGUGAUCUUCGAUGGGCCUAUUGAUACCCUCUGGAUUGAAAGCAUGAAUACAGUAUUGGAUGAUAAUAAGAAACUUUGUCUUAUGUCAGGAGAAAUUAUUCAAAUGUCGAAGACCAUGAGUCUCAUAUUUGAGACAAUGGAUCUUUUACAAGCUUCUCCAGCUACUGUGUCUCGAUGUGGAAUGAUCUAUGUUGAACCGAUGGCAAUGGGUUGGCGUCCUCUUGCAACUUCUUGGCUAGAUAGGCUGCCAGAAUCUGUUUCUGCAAACAACGGAAGGCAAGAACUUCAAGAUCUCUUUGAAUGGCUUUUUGAUCCUUGCCUAGAAUUCAUCGACAGUAAUUGUCGUCAACUAAUCGCAAUUAGCGCUAUGUGUCGCGUGAAAUCAACUCUCGACUUCAUUCAUGCUCUCAUCAAUGAGCCGGCAAAUGAAGAAGGAGCAGUAGAAAAUCGGAAUCUUAAGAUGUGGACGCAUGCUUCAUGCCUCUUUAGUGUUGUCUGGGGGAUUGGCGGAUGUCUAGAUGAGACAGGGAGAACAAAAUUUGAUGAAUUUAUCAAACCGAUUCUUGCUGGAAAGGUUUUGGAGUUACCAGUUCCUCAAAGCAUUGGUGGCCGAUGUGAUUUCCAAAUGCCUGAUACUGGACUUGUAUAUGACUAUUUCUAUGAAUACAAUAGCCGUGGCAAAUGGAAGCAUUGGAAUGACCUCACUCGCGGACGAUCUAACUUUGAUGGAAUGGAGAUUCGUGAUAUCAUCGUGCCUACCAUGGAUACAGCUCGUUACAAGUACCUUAUCGAUAUAUGCUUGAAGAGCAGACAAGCCUUGAGUUACAUUGGUGUCACUGGUACAGGGAAGUCCGCCUACGUUCAAGAAAAACUCAUGAGAGGUAUCGACCUGGAGACUUACAAACCUUUCUUCAUCAACUUCUCAGCCCAAACCGGUGCAAAUGAAGUUCAAAAUAUCGUCAUGUCCAAAUUGGACCGGCGACGAAAGGGGGUCUACGGUCUGCCUUAUGAUAAGAUAGCCACAUUUUUCAUUGAUGACCUUAAUAUGCCUGCCAAAGAAGCCUAUGGUGCUCAACCACCAAUUGAACUUUUGAGAACUUUGCUGGACCAAGGUUUUGUAUAUGAUCUGACUGAUAUGUCAAAGAUUGAUAUAAUUAACCUCGUGAUCAUCUCUGCUAUGGGACCACCUGGAGGAGGUAGAAAUGAGGUCUCUCCGAGGUUCAUGAGGCAUUUUCAUGCCGUGUCGAUGGUACCUUUCAAUGAUGCCACGCUAACGAGAAUAUUCUCCACUCUUAUGCAGACAUUCCUUCGUGAACAAGAGUUCACCUCCGAUUUCUUUGUAAUGGGUAACGCAGUGGUAGAAGCUACCCUCCAAGUCUACAAAGCAGCAAUCUCAAACCUUUUGCCCACGCCAGCGAAGUCGCAUUACGUUUUCAAUCUGCGUGACUUCAGUCGUGUUAUUCUGGGCAUUUGCUUAAUCAAGAAGGGACAACUCCCGACAAAGCAAACAUUCAUUCGCCUCUGGGUGCAUGAGGUUCUUCGAGUCUUUUACGAUCGUCUGACGGAUGAUAGUGAUCGUCAAUGGCUUGUAGAUUGGGUGAUAUUAAACCCCAUAAAUUCACUCAUAUCAACCGAUAAAUCUCCACUUAUCAUUUUUAGAUUCAUAAAGACUACGAUUGAGGCAUCAUUCAAGGAGAAAGUGAAUAUGGUGUUCGCGCAUCUUCUUGAAAAUAUCAAGGACAAUGUCACUGAAGAGACAUUCCGAAGUCUCAUUUUCGGCGAUUUCAUGGAUGUUGACGCACUACGAGAGGAGAGAAAUUACGACGAGAUUAAGGAUAUCAAUGCCAUGUAUCCAAUUGUGGAACAGUGCCUCUCAGAUUAUAACGGCACUCACAAGAACAAGAUGAAUCUUGUUACCUUCAGGUACGUACUGGAGCACUUGGCUCGAAUUUGUCGAGUCCUUCGGGUUCCAACUGGAAAUGCUCUGCUCAUCGGUGUUGGCGGGUCUGGACGACAAUCACUAUCUCGUUUGGCCGCUGCUAUGGCUGGAUACACGACCUUCCAGCCCGAAGUUACCAAAGACUAUGGCAUUGAUGAGUGGCGAAAUGAUCUUAAGUCAUGUCUUAAGAAUGCCGGUGGCCGUGGUCAGAAGACUGUCUUUUUGAUGACCGACUCACAGAUAAAGAACGAGAUAUUUCUCCAGGACAUUGACAACCUACUCAACUCCGGCGAGGUACCGAACAUGUUCUCCGCAGAGGAGAGAGGCGAAGUCAUAGAACUCCUUCAGUCGACCCUCGAAUCGGAGAGUCGAAAGAACGCCCCAUCUGGCGGGGCACGAAUUGGUACCGACUUGUCACCCAUGGCUCUCUUUGCAGCCUUUGUCAAGCGAUGUCGAGCCAACCUUCAUAUCAUUAUAGCAUUCUCCCCAAUUGGAAGUGCCUUUAGAAAUCGAUUGAGAAUGUUCCCAUCUCUUAUUAACUGCUGUACUAUUGAUUGGUUUAGGCCAUGGCCAGACGACGCUUUAGAAAGAGUAGCUCAGCGUUCUCUUGAAACUCUCGGUAUGGCGCCAUCCAUGCGUGGCAGCAUGACAAUGAUCUUCAAGCACUUCCACAAUUCCAUCAUAAGUCUCUCAGAAAAAUUCUAUCAGGAAUUGGGUAGAAAGACGUAUGUAACACCCACUUCAUAUUUGGAAUUGAUCGGCUCUUUUGAACGACUUAUCAAGAAAAAGAAGGACGAAAUUAUGAAGGCGAAAAUGAGGUAUCUAAAUGGCUUGGAUAAACUGGCAUUCGGUGCAAGUCAGGUGGCUGAUAUGCAGGUAAAGUUGGAAGAACUUCAACCUCAAUUAGUCGAAGCCAGUGAACAAAAUGAGCGUCUUCUUGGGGUCAUUGCGCAAGAAUCUGUUGCUGCAGAACAGCAGCGUGAACGUGUCGUUGCCGAAGAAGAGGUAGUCAAUAGAAAAGCUGACGCCUCAAAGGCACUUUCCGAGGAAUGUCGGGCGGACUUGGCGAAAGCCACGCCAGCCCUAGAGGCUGCAUUAGCUGCCCUAGACACCCUCAAACCGGCAGAUAUUACCAUCGUCAAGUCAAUGACCAAUCCACCUUUUGGCGUAAAACUAGUUAUGGAAGCUGUGUGUGUUAUGAGAGAUAUCAAACCUGAUAGAAAAACGGAUCCAGUUACUGGAACGAUAAUGCUCGACUAUUGGGGACCAUCGAAGAAACUACUAGGAGAAAUGAAUUUCUUACAAAGUCUGAAAGAAUAUGAUAAGGACAAUAUUCCCCAUCAGAUCAUUACAAAUAUCCGAGCUAACUAUACGAAUAACCCCGAGUUCGAUCCAAGUAAGGUAGCUCGCGCAAGUUCAGCUGCUGAGGGCUUAUGUAAGUGGAUACUUGCCAUGGAACAGUACGAUCGAGUUGCGAAAAUUGUUGCGCCUAAAAAGCUCAAACUUGAGGAAGCUGAAAGAGAAUUGAUGGAAAAUAUGGCUGCGUUGAAACGGACUCAGGCCUCCCUCAAAGCGGUCGAGGAUAAAUUGGAAGAGCUUCAUGAGAAUCUUGACAAUGUACAGGCUGAGAAAAAACGCCUAGAGGAUGAGGUUGAGCUCUGCGGUUUAAAAUUAGUUCGAGCAAAGAAGUUAAUCGGUGGGUUGGGUGGUGAGAAGGAUAGAUGGUACCGGGAAGCUGAACGACUUCAAAAAGUCUACGACAAUCUCACUGGAGAUGUACUGCUGUCGGCUGGUGUAAUUGCUUAUCUUGGGCCAUUCACAUCGGUCUACCGUGAGGCGUGCAUUGCUGAUUGGGUAAAAGUGUGCAACAGUCAAUCUGGAAUCACCUGCAGCUCUCAAUUUUCUCUCACUGCUUGCUUGGGAGAUCCUGUGAAGAUUCAAGCGUGGAAUAUAUUUGGAUUGCCUCGAGAUACCUUCUCAAUCGAUAACAGUGUCAUCGUCGACAAUGGAAGGCGUUGGCCUUUGUUGAUAGAUCCCGAGGGUCAGGCAAACAAAUGGAUCAAGAAUAUGGAAAAAGACAAUGCUAUUGCUGUUGUCAAAUUGAAUGACAGUGAUUUUAUGCGCCGAAUGGAGAAUAGUAUUCAGUUUGGCAUUCCAGUCCUUCUUGAAAACAUUGGUGAAGAAUUGGACCCCAGUUUAGAGUCACUUCUGCUCAAGCAAACCUUUAGACAAGGCAAUGUGGAAAUGAUCAAAAUUGGAGAUGAAAUCAUCGAAUUCUCCUCAGAUUUUCGCUUCUAUAUCACAACCAAAUUGCGCAAUCCACACUAUCUUCCAGAAAUUGCUGUGAAGGUGUCUCUCCUGAACUUCAUGAUUACACCUGAAGGUCUUGAGGACCAACUUCUGGGAAUCGUGGUUGCGAAAGAGAAGCCGGAGUUAGAAGAAGCUCGACAGGAUCUGAUUGUCACAACCGCCAACAAUAGAAGAAUGCUCAAGGAAGCAGAAGAUCGAAUUCUGGCUACUCUUUCUGAAUCUGAAGGAAAUAUUCUCGAGAAUGAAACAGCUAUUCAAACCCUCGACUCUUCGAAAGCCAUAUCUGAUGAUAUCACAAAGAAGCAAGCGGUAGCAGACGAAACUCAUAAGAAGAUAGAUGUGGCUCGAAUGGACUAUCAACCUAUUGCAAAGCACUCAGCCAUUCUCUUCUCCUCAAUCACAGACCUACCCAACAUCGAUCCAAUGUAUCAAUACUCCCUUACAUGGUUUGUGAACUUGUACAUCAAUGCUAUUCAAGACAGUGAUCCAAUUUCCGAUCCAAACUUUUUCUAUGGAUGUCCUAAACACGAAGCUACGUUUGAGAAAUUGUUAUAUGGUCUGUGCUUUUUUCACGCACUGGUCCAAGAACGUCGACAAUUUGGCCCAAUCGGAUGGAACAUUCCUUAUGGUUUCAACUUAUCUGACCUUCAUAUAUCUGUUAGACAACUUCAACUAUUUAUGAACGAAUAUGAACAGGUACCAUUUGAUGCAAUCAACUACCUUACAGGCGAAUGUAACUAUGGAGGACGAGUAACUGACGAGCGAGAUCGCCGUUGUCUAUUGACACUUCUUCUCGAUUUCUAUUGUCCAGCACUUGUCAAUGAAAACAAAUACAAGUUGCCCACGAAUCCUAAUUACUACGUUCCUCCAAAGAUGGAGUAUCAGGAGUAUAUUGACUUCAUUAAAAAUGUGGAUAUAGUCCGUCAACAGUCUGAAACAAAGUCCCUGCUCUCUGAUGCUCUUUUGACUAUCAAUAGCACUGCUGGAAGUGGUCAGGGAGUACCUUCAACACCUGGAAGUGACAACCAACUCAACGAAAUAGCUACUGAUAUUAUCAGUAAACUUCCUCCACCUUUUGACAUUAGAAGCGCUUCUAAGAAGUAUCCACUUGUGUACCAGGAAAGUAUGAACACAGUGCUGGUUCAAGAGAUGGAGAGAUACAACAAUUUGACUGGGAUAAUCCUAAAGAGUUUGAAGAACCUUCAAAAAGCAAUAAGUGGUUUGGAGGUGAUGUCCGCAGAUUUAGAGAAGGUUGCGGUUUCGCUGAUGAUUGGUCGAUUGCCAAGUGCGUGGGCGCUACGGUCCUACCCCAGUCUCAAACCUCUUGGCAGCUACAUCCUUGAUCUUUGCGAGCGGUUGGCAUUCUUUGAGGUUUGGGAUGAUAUGAAAAUUGAACUUUUAUUUCGCUGGCAUGAAAACUCAAAGCCAACCACCUUCUGGUUAUCCGGUUUCUUCUUCACUCAAGCCUUCUUAACGGGUGUUCUACAGAACUAUGCUCGUCAACAUACCAUUCCUAUCGAUCAGUUAGUCUUUGAUUUCGAGGUUCAGCCAGUACAAACGGUUGACACUCCUCCCAAGGAAGGCACAUACAUCAACGGUCUAUUCACGGACGGUUUUCGAUGGGAUUAUGAGAAAAUGAAACUCGGUGACCAAUUACCGAAGGUUCUAAAUGAAGCCUUUCCAGCAGUUCACCUUCAACCGGUGCCGAAAGCCGAGAGUAAGAUGUCAAAUAUGGGAGGAGAAGAAGAUAGCCACUUCUAUAUGUGUCCAGUUUAUAAGACGAGCGAAAGAAGAGGAGUGCUCUCAACCACUGGCCAUUCAACUAACUUCGUGUUGCCCAUCUACUUGCCAAGUGAACGACACGACAGUUUCUGGAUUAAGCGCGGAGCAGCUCUACUUUGCCAAUUAGAUAACUAG